UUCAUCACCCAAGAAACCGUACCAUUUUGUCGAUAAACCUCAUUAUUCAUGAAACGGUGGUACGGUAAAAAUAGUCAGUGAAGGGGAAAAGUUAGAUUUUGCAAAUGGAUGGAUACAGUGACAAUAUAACCUCGGAAAUAUGUCUUUAAAUUUCUCUUUUUUUUAUUAAACAGUAAGAGUCUUUACAUGGGUAGAACGCUUGCACAAAUGUGUAUAACGGUAAUUAAUACUGUGUAAACAAACCGUAUUAAUAGAAGACAUACGGGGUACAGUCACGCAAACACUCUUAACAACGCGCAAUCGAUCAACUAUUAUAUAUCUUGUCUGUUAAGACUUUAAUUUCGGAGUUAAGAAUAGCAAGCCAUUGCUUUUUACAUUGCAGUAAAAAUACUGUCCAACCAAUUGUGAUCUGUGCUUUAUUUCAAAAUCGGGAAGAGCUUUAUCUGUAUUAUAUUUAAUAACAGAAACUGGGUUUAGUCAUACUACACCAUUUUGUCAAUAUUUUUGCGUAGCCAAAGUCGGAAAUGUUAUAUUGGAUAUGUCAAAUCAACAUAACUAAAACGCGUUUCGCAUGCUGCAUUUGCAUCUUGUGACUUUAUGUGCUAUACGAAGAAUAUGUUUUAGUAUUUGCUCCGGAUUUUUGUUGUUUAACAGAUAAACAAGAAAGAUAAAGCCGAGUAUAAAAUAUCGGAGAAGAGACACAGCAUCGUAAGCGCAAGAGCAGCUGCAAGCGCUAGUUAAAAGUAAUUAACUAGUUACAACAGCGGUAUGACGUUUCAGAAGUACAAAAGUGUGAUUUUGGUUUGAACAUAAACAGAUAUCUCUGUCAUAUUGCGGAUAUUUUCUAACAUCGUGGUAUUCAAAACAUGCGAAAGAGGAGAACAUUCCAGUCAUUUAAGUUUCUAAUUUAUUUACUUGGUUUAAUGUCAUUGUUUUGUGUGUUGAUAGGUGUAAAUAAGCUUCGUCCAGAGUGCUUACCUCAUCACUCACCUGUAAGGUGUAAAAUGGUUCAUUCAGAUUAUACUUUUCUCGUAACUAGACGUCCAUUGGAAGCUUCUCCUCUAUUAAAUAUAACAAGACAUAAUGAGAGAAAAGAAACUGCUAAGGAAACGAAGAUUGACACACAAAAAUCCUCAAACGAUAUCGUUAAAGCUCCAAAAAGGGGUGUGAAAACAUCUAAGGACAUUGCAAGACUGUCAAAUAAUGUUCCUAAACCAGUGCCUAGGACAAGAACGUAUACUAUUGCCGAAUUAAUGAAAAGAGCUAAAGAAGAUCAGCAUUUUUUGACAAAAAUUCUAAGCCAGUCAUAUUGGCAUCGAAGGACAAAAGACGUUCUUCAACGUUAUUUUACAGGAACGGGCUACUCCUUUGAACCUGAAUUCAAGACUGACAGGAAUGAAAACCUGAUUAACGAUUAUGACAUUUAUAAUGACGUCAUGGUGUUUUUACAUAUUCAGAAGACAGGCGGAACGCAUUUAAAUGAAAGAUUAGCAAGUCGAUUACAAAUUCCAUUUAAAUGUAAUUGCCCGGAAAAGCAGAAGGUGUGUCCGUGUUUAAAUCCAAAGGGUAAUGUGUGGAUAUACAGUUCCAGAUUUUCCGGUUGGCCUUGUGGAUUACAUGCAGACUGGACACAGCUGCACAGAUGUUUACCUGGGCAGCUUGAUCUGACUGAAAGGGGAACAAGGAACAGAAGAUAUUUUUACUUCACUCAACUUCGAGAUCCUAUUGCCCGAUACAUGAGCGAAUUUUACCACCAGAGUGUUGUCGGCGGACACUGGCAGGACGCGCUAUUAGGGUGUGGUCCAGGUUUUUCAGACUGGACGGAUAUAAGACCCUGCUUUGUGACAGAAACAUGGAGAGGUGUGACAUUAGACAAUUUUAUGGCAUGUCAGCAUAAUUUAGCAACUAACAGAAUGACACGAAUGCUAGCUGACUUAAAUAGAUCAGAUUGUUACAGAAAUUAUUUGGAUAAAAGAGCAGUCUAUAAAAGGGCUAUGAUGUGGACAGAAUCAGCGAAGGAAAAUUUACAGCAAAUGCCUUACUUUGGCUUUAUGGAAGAUACGGAGGCGUCCGAUAAGUUGUUUUCGCAUAUAUUCAAGAUGAGGUUUAAGGUUAGAAGUUCGAAUUUACGAGGUCGUAGCUCUCAGAUCCGAAUUACAGAGGAGCAGUUUAUGAAAUUAAUCAAACUGGUCGAGCUAGACAUUCAUACAUAUCUGUUUGCGAAAGAUUUAUUUCAAAGCCGACUACGUAACUUGUAACGAGAAUUAUAUUGUUUAAUUAUGAUUACAUAUCUAUGUACAUCAAUAAAAUACACACACCGA